GCAGGCAGGCAGUGGCGUAGUCAAUCUCCUUGAGAGCCGUUCACUCGUUCAGCCGCAGGAAAAGACGGAAGGACGGGAAGAUUUCGGAUUGCCAUCGAGGGCUUGAUCCAUCCGGGGCGGGAGUGUUUCGACCACACCGCCUAUCAGCAUUGGGCCACGGAAUCUCUGACUCAGCCGUCACGCCGCUCAUCCAACACACCCUGGUCGGUCUGGUUCCAUGGGUGCACCGUGAUCAGGACCGGCGAACUCCAAUCGGCGUGCGUGCGGGUCAGCCGAGUUCGCGACUAACUAACGCUUAUCUCCAGGGAAGGCUUGGGCGGGACCGGACGUGAGAGUGCUGAAGAUUGUGGGCCGUCUGGGUCGUGAUCGUCCUGACGAGACCCUCCCACCCCCUUCCUCCCUCGGGUGAGCGGGUGGAUCCAUUGAUCGAUCCAUCGAUCGAUCGAUCGAUUAAUCAAUCAAGCAAGCCAUUUUUUGACGGAAGGUGGGCCAAUCUGAUUUAUUGAUGGUUUUGAUCGAUUGACUCGGAAACACGGUUAACGGCUAUCGGAAAGACGCGAAGAUACAGAAAAUACAUCUGGAUGCGGGCUGACUGACCGAGCAUUGAUUCAUCCAUCUGGGGUAUCUGAGGUUCGUGUCCAAUCGGUUCAGGCCAGCUUGGCCGGUGUGAGUCAAUUCAUCGACGAACAAGAUGGACGCGGUCAAAGUGUUCAAUCAAGAGCUGUCGAGCUUGUACGAAAUCAAGCCGCCCAUUUCCAAGGCCAAGAUGACCUCGAUUACCAAGUCGGCCAUCAAAGCCAUCAAGUUCUACAAGCACGUGGUGCAAAGUGUGGAAAAAUUCAUUCAAAAAUGCCGCCCCGAGUACAAAAUUCCCGGCUUGUACGUGAUCGACUCCAUCGUGCGGCAGAGUCGCCAUCAAUUCGGCCCCGACAAAGACGUGUUUGCACCGCGAUUCGCCAAGAACGUCCAAUACACGUUCCAUCACCUAUACAAAUGCAAUGAAGACGAAAAGAGUCGGGUCAUUCGGGUGCUCAAUCUCUGGCAGAAAAAUGAAGUCUUUGCCUCCGAACUCAUUCAGCCUCUUUUUGAUUUGGCCAACCCCAAUUCGGAGAUUGCCCAACAAAUGGACCAAGCCGCGCCCGCCCCGCCACCCGCUUUGGGCCCGCCUAGUGGUAGCGGUCAUACCGGACCCAGCGGUGGUCCCAAUGCCACCAACAGCGGGUCUGGUCCAGUCGGUCCCGGAGCUUUGAAAGACUCGACGGCCGUGCUAGCCGGAUUAGCCAGCGGGGCCUUACCCGGCACGAGUCCGGUCGAUCAGCAAGUCACGCAGCAGCUUCAGACCAUUUUGCAAUUGCUCAAGAACCACGUCCAACCCCAGGAGCAACAGUCACAGCCGGGUACCGUCCAGUUCAACAAGCAACUUCUGGACUUUGAUUAUUCGGAUGACGAGGAAGGCGGCGGAGCGCACGACUCACAUGACCAUCCACCCCCGCCUCAAAUGUUGGAGGCGCUUCAGAGCAUCUUGGGGAACGGCGCGUUACUGGAAAAACUCAAGAGCAUCGGCGCCAUUGGCGAGUCCCAAAUUCAUCAAUUGAGACAGCUUCUACCCCAAGUUCAGCAACAGCAACAACAUCAGCCUACCCAUCUGAUGGGUGCCUUUAGCGGUGAUGCCGGUUCACUGGCCAGCGGUGGUGGUGGUGGCUCCACUGUGCCCGAAAGCAGUUCCUCGCUCCAACCCGCAUUGUGGAGUCAAGAUAAGUUUGGCAUGUCUUUAUCAAGUAACCAUCACCGCAAUAAUAUAAGCCACCAUGGGAGUGGCCGAUCCCCGCCUGAAGAAGGCGAGCGCGAUGAAACCGAUGAGGAUAUUCAAAUAGUCGAAGAUCGGACAACUUCGAAUUGGCGACGAAAUGCAAACGUAUUGCGGCGAUCCCGCUCUAGGUCCAGGGACCGAAAACGUAGUCGGCGAUCUCGAAGUCGUAGUCGUGACCGAGCCAACAAUGGGCGUCGACGUCGUUCUCGUUCCAAAGAUCGGAUUCGCGACCGAUCUAAUCGGGAGGAAGACCGAGAUAAACGACGAGAACGAGAGAAACGAGGAUUGCCGCCCAUCAAAAAAGGCUUUCUGAGUGUCUGUAGUACUACAUUGUGGGUGGGUCACCUUUCAAAGUUGGUAGCUGAAGAUGAACUGUCAGAUUUGUUCGGCGAGUUUGGCGACGUCGAAACCAUCAACUUGAUCCCACCUCGAGGGUGUGCAUUCGUAUGUAUGAAUCGUCGAAUGGACGCUUACAAAGCAUUAAAAACGCUUCACAAGCAUAAACUUCAAGGAAAGCCCAUCACGUUGGCGUGGGCUCCCGGCAAAGGAAUGAAGGACAAGCAGUGGAAAGACUUUUGGGACGUUGAUAUGGGCGUGUCGUAUAUCCCAAUCGAUAAACUGGAUCCUCAGGUUGAUAUGGUAUCCCUUGAAGCGGGUGGUACUUUUGAUGAAGAUACUAUGCCAGACUGGAUGAAGACCAUGCGCGGUGUUGCCUCGGCUCCCCAAGCUUUCACUUCACACGGUGCUCCCGCACCAUCGACGCCUCAUUUUAUACCCAUGCCUGAAGGGCUGACACCCAAUCAGAUUCUCCAAACACCCGUGAGUGGAGUGUCAGAGGCCAUUGGACUGGCCGUGGCUGCAGCUUCUGCGCCACCUCCAGGCAUGCACCCUAACUUUGGCCUUGGUCAGCCGCCUCCACCUCCACAUCACGCAACUCUACCUAGCUUAUUAGGGGCACCUGGAAUUUUGCCACCGCCACCUCCUAACGGGCCCUCUGCUACCUCCCUAUUGGGUCCGGGUCCGGCCAACCUUCUUUUAGGUGCCCCCCUAGGGGGUCAGCCACCGGUAAAUGCCCCUCCUCCAGGGUUUUCCGCCUUUGAUACCACACAACCUCCCCCCGGCCUUCGUCUAGCCUUUCCCCCUCCAGUGUCAUCAGGUCUUAUUCCUGGCAUGCCCCCUCCUUUGAAUGUUCCAACAAGUGGAGAUUUGAUACCGGGACAAGGAGGUUUACCGCCACGUCUCAGCUUGGGAAAUGAUUCUGGCCAAGAUGGAACACGAGAACUCAAACGUGAUCGUUCUUCUCGAUGGGGAGGAGGCGCAGGUCCUGACGAAGACGAAAUGCUCGGACCUAGAGACGGACCACCCCGUCACAAUGACAUCGCUUCCAGGCUUAGAAAUCUGGCGGAGAGGGGUCCCAACGACAUGAUUGAGCCGCCUCAUGAAUGGAAUCGAGGCCCACCUCAGGGAGAUCAUCCGCCUCGAUUUGACGGGCCACCACCUGUGUUUGCUGAUCGACCACCGAUGAAUAACUUCAUGGGACGUGACAAUGAUAAUUUUAUAGGUGGGGGUAGAGGUAGCCCCUUCCGUCAUGAAGGGCCUAACAUGUUCCCACGAGGCGGGCGAGGAAACCGUCCGUGGCGGGGAAGGGGGGGAAAUCCUCGGUUUCCGUCGUUUGGUAGAAAUGGCGACAGUUGGUCAAACGAUGGUCCUCCCAACUUUCGCGGAUCAAUGCCUCGUGGAGACAUGCACGAUAUGCCUUGGGAGAAUGCUCCAUUUGGUCCUUCUGGAACACCUCGAGGUCGUGGUGGGCCUGGUUUUCCCGGAAGAGGCAUGGGCCCACGUAUGCCCAUGGGAAUCCACAAUGGACCUCCUCCGCAUGGAUUCGGGGAUGCCAAUGGAGAGGUCGACAUCGAACCUAUUGUCAAACCUCAAAGAGAGCGACGUGAACGAAAGAGUCGAUGGGGUCAAGCCGAGCCAUCACCUAAGGCAGAUUUGGAUCAGAAUGCUCGUGAAGGUGGUUCGCAGAGCAUGGACUCGAACAAUGUUAGCCAAGACGCGUCAAUCAGUCAAAUUAAAGAAGCCAAAUGUGCUAAUCCCUCUUCGGUCAAUGAGCAUUCGAAUUGUCCAAGACUGGGCGAAGACCACAUGGAUAUGGAGAGUCCACGGGAUUCAGGAAGCGUAUCAUUGGAUACCAACCUUGAGAAUCGACAUUCGCAGCAUUACGGGUCCGGUGUCAAUCCGAACGAGUCUGAAGACCAACUACAUGAGACUGACAACCGUCGAUCGAAUUCAAAUGAGAUGGGAGGAGAUUCACAAGACAUGAUGGUGGACAAUGUCCAUACAGUUCAAGGUGAUCCAACCCCAGCCCCUGUGUCGACCGGCACAAGCGUCAACUCCAUGAUAGAUCCGGACUCUUUGCAAGAACCAAGCGUCACCCAGACGGAUGGGAGUUCGAAUCUUGAGGGUGGCUUCGACCAAGGGAGCACGGGUCAAACGAGUGCCACAGACAGUGUUGAUUUGCGUGUGCCUCAUAAUCCAAAUGUGGUAGAGCAUGAUGAGGCGGCAGUGAGUGAACCGUGGAGGACAGAGAGUGACCGCGAGUGCACAACGUUUGCUCUCAGGGAAGAACAUAAGAAGACACAGUCGGAGCUAAAUCCGAAUGAGGCAGUAGAGCAACAAAAUAACGCCAUAGGCGAAAUGGAGCCACCAAAAUCGGUGGGAAACGAAGAGAAUCAAACCGGCGAGCCCGGGUCAAGUGUUUAGGUAGUGCGUAGCGAGAUUAGGUCACUUCUGGCACCUCCAUCCAUAUCCGGCAAAGUGGGUCUCACUCACGUUCUGUUACUCGAUCGCUCUUCAGAUUUGUUCCUGUUCUCACCCUGAGCAAUACGCUGUGAUAAAUUCUAUUGCUAGGGCGAUAGAAAAUAUGGAAAUAAAUUGGAAACGGCUCUGUCCAA